CCGCUGCAGUGAGCGCGGCGGCGCGGCCGGGCUCGGCGUGUCCCGGGCCGGGCUCCCGUGGGAGCGGCGCGGGAUGGGGCCGGAGGGCGCCUGAGCCGGGCGCGAUGGAAGCGGCGCCGCCGGGGGCCCCGUCGGGCCCGGAGCCCAAGGACGGGGACCGCCAGCUGCGCCUCCGCCUCUGCGUCCUCAACGAGAUCCUGGGCACGGAGCGCGACUACGUGGGCACCCUCCGCUUCCUGCAGUCGGCAUUUCUGCACAGAAUCAGACAGAAUGCUGUGGAUAAAGCCGAGAAACACAUAACAGAGGAGAAUGUCAAGAUCUUGUUUUCCAACAUUGAAGACAUUCUUGACGUGCACAAGGAGUUCCUUACUGCCUUGGAAUUUUGUUUACAACCAGAACCUCAGUCUCAGCAUGAAUUGGGAAAUGUUUUCUUAAAAUUCAAAGACAAGUUCUGCGUGUACGAGGAGUAUUGCAGCAACCAUGAGAAGGCUCUCAGGCUCCUCAUGGAAUUGAACAAGAUUCCCCCAGUGAGAGCAUUCCUCUUGAGCUGCAUGCUCCUGGGAGGCAGAAAGACAACUGACAUUCCACUGGAGGGUUAUCUGCUGACUCCAAUUCAGAGGAUUUGCAAAUAUCCACUUCUCCUCAAGGAACUAGCUAAGAGGACGCCCUCUAAGCAUCCUGAUCACCAAGCAGUCCAGAAUGCAUUGCAGGCAAUGAAGACUGUCUGCACAAAUAUCAAUGAGACUAAGAGGCAGAUGGAGAAGCUAGAAGCCCUUGAGCAGCUGCAGUCCCACAUUGAAGGAUGGGAGGGGUCCAAUCUGACAGACAUCUGCACACAGCUCCUACUCCAAGGGACUUUGUUAAAAAUCUCAGCUGGAAACAUCCAAGAGAGAACAUUUUUCCUGUUUGAUAACCUCCUGGUCUACUGCAAGCGGAAAUCCAGAGUUGCUGGGAAAAAGGCUUCUAAACGGACCAAAUCAAUCAAUGGAUCCCUCUAUAUCUUCAGGGGCCGAAUAAACACAGAAGUCAUGGAGGUGGAAAAUGUGGAAGAUGGGACAGCAGAUUACCACAGCAACGGGUACACAGUGACAAAUGGCUGGAAGAUACACAACACAGCCAAAAACAAAUGGUUUGUCUGUAUGGCCAAGACAGCAGAAGACAAACAGAAAUGGCUGGAUGCUAUAAUCAAGGAAAGGGAACAGAGAGAGAGUCUGAAACUGGGAAUGGAGAGGGAUGCAUACGUCAUGAUUGCAGAGAAAGGAGAGAAGCUGUAUCACAAGAUGAUGAGCAAGAAAGUGAACCUUAUCAAAGACAGGAGGAGAAAAUUAAGCACUGUUCCCAAGUGCUUUCUUGGCAAUGAGUUUGUAUCCUGGCUAAUGGAGAUUGGGGAGAUAAGCAAACCAGAAGAAGGAGUCAACUUGGGACAAGCGCUGUUGGAAAAUGGUAUCAUUCAUCAUGUUUCAGAUAAGCACCAGUUUAAGAAUGAGCAGGUGAUGUACAGAUUCCGGUAUGAUGAUGGCACUUACAAGCCGAGAAGUGAAUUGGAAGAUAUCAUGUCCAAGGGUGUGAGGCUCUACUGCCGAUUGCACAGUCUUUACAUUCCAGUGAUAAAAGACCGAGACUACCACUUGAAGACCUACAAGUCAGUAAUCCCUGCCAGUAAACUAGUGGAUUGGCUGAUCGCACAGGGAGACUGUCAGACUCGGGAGGAAGCCGUCGCGCUGGGUGUUGGACUCUGCAAUAAUGGCUUCAUGCAUCAUGUCCUGGAGAAGAGUGAAUUCAAGGAUGAAUCCCUCUAUUUCCGCUUUUAUGCUGAUGAGGAGAUGGAGGGUACGAGCUCCAAGAGCAAGCAAUUGCGCAAUGACUUCAAACUCAUUGAAAACAUCCUAGCAAAAAGUCUGCUGAUUUUGCCAGAAGAGGAUGACUACGGUUUUGACAUAGAAGAGAAGAACAAAGCAAUUGUCGUGAAGUCGGUGCGGCGAGGAUCUCUUGCUGAGAUGGCUGGCCUGCAGAUAGGAAGGAAGAUUUACUCCAUUAACGAGGACUUGGUAUUCCUGCGCCCGUUUCCAGAGGUCGAGACCAUCUUAAACCAGUGUUUCUGCUCUCGGAGGCCACUUAGGCUACUGGUGGCCACUAAGACUAAAGAGAUUAUUAAGAUCCCAGACUGCCACGAAGCACUUUGCUUCCAGCUACGGGGAGCAGAACCACCAUACGUCCGUGCUGUUGGCAGAGGUUCGGAGGCUGCGGCAGUAGGACUCCACCCAGGACAGUGUAUUUUGAAAGUUAAUGGGAAUAAUGUCAUGAAUCAAAGUUACAUGGAUGUUCUGGAUCACUUUACAGCAUACAGAAACAGGCAGGAGUCACUGGGACUGUACCAGUGGGUUUACAGGACACAUGAAGAUGCUGAAGAAGACAGAAUUCAGCAAUCAGCAGGUAGUGCAUAUGUGAACGGCAGCCCCUUUGAAUCCACUAAGGGAGACCUCUUAUUGGAAGAGAGUGCAGAACUGGAUCCCCUUCAUAAAAGCCAUCAGGAAUCAGUCCUGACACCGUCGCCCCUCAGUUCUCCUUUGAUCUUCAGUGAAGACACUCCCCUCAUUAGCCUGACUGUGGACAACACCCAUUUGGAGCAUGGGGUGGUGUACGAAUAUGUCAGCAGUGCAGGGAUCAAAUGCUUUGUCCUGGAGAAAAUUGUAGAGCCAAAGGGUUGUUUCGAUCUAACUGCAAAGAUUUUAGAGGCCUUUGCUGCAGAUGACAAUCAUUUUGUAAAGAACUGCAAGAGGCUCAUCUCCUUAAGCAAUGCAAUGACCACCAUGCCCCAGUAUGAAUUUCGGCAAAUGUGUGACUUUAAGCUGGAAAGUAUCAGCCAAAGGUUCACCAGCUACACAAAGUUUGCAGAUGAACUGAAAACAAAGGUGAGCCCAGCCUUCAAGCAAGCCAUCAUGAAGCCCCAUCCCCUCAGCAGCAUGGACUUCUGCCCUACCAACUGCCACAUUAACCUCAUGGAGGUGUCAUACCCCAAAAACACUACCUCAGCAGGAAGGUCGUUCAGCAUUCGCAUUGGACGGAAGCCCUCUAUAAUUGGUCUUGAUCCAGAACAAGUAGGUACCUUAAAUCCAGUCUUAUAUACUCAACACUGCAUCACCACCAUGGCUGCACCAUCGUGGAGAUGUCUCAUCCCAGAAGAUGACUAUGUCAACCCCCAUGGACAAUAUGAUGGUGGUUUUGGCCAACAGAAUGGGGGAGCAAGCCAGGAGGAACGGGGACUCAGCUUUCUGCUGAAACAAGAAGACCGGGAGAUACAAGACGCUUACCUGCAGCUUUUUAACAAACUGGACAUUGCAGUGAAGGAGAUGAAGCAAUAUGUUUUUCAGAUAAAUAAGCUUUUGUCCUCCAUAACAGAACCUACAGAAACUAGUGGAUGUGAACCUCCAUCCACUGAUGAGACAUCGCCACCUUCUCUGGGGGCAGAAGAGAGUGACACUGACAAAGCUGAGCAUGGUGGCAUUAAGAAGGUUUGUUUCAAAGUUUCCGAGGAGGAUCAAGAAGACUCCGGACACGACACAAUGAGUUUCAGAGACUCCUACAGUGAGUGUAACAGUAAUCGGGACUCGGUGCUGUCCUACACCAGCGUACGGAGCAACAGCUCUUACCUCGGCAGCGAUGAGAUGGGAUCAGGUGAUGAGCUUCCCAAUGACAUGAGGAUUCCUUCAGACAAACAGGACAAGCUGCAUGGUUGCCUGGAACAUCUUUUUAACCAGGUUGAUGCUAUCAAUGCACUCCUCAAAGGACCAGUGAUAACAAAGGCCUUUGAAGAAACCAAGCACUUUCCAAUGGAUCACAAUUUGCAAGAAUUUAAACAAAAGGAAGAAACAACAAUGAAGUGUCGGAAUAAUAUCCAAGUCAGCAUCCAAGAAGAUCCCUGGAACCUUCCACAGUGCAUCAAGAACCUUGUCGAAACUAUACAAAAACACGUGGAAGAUGGAAAGAAUCAACUGCUUCUGGCCUUGCUAAAAUGCACAGACACGGCGCUGCAGUUGCGACGAGAUGCCAUUUUCUGCCAGUCCCUCGUGGCUGCAAUUUGCACUUUCUCUGAGCAGCUGCUGGCUGCUCUCAACUACAGAUACAACAACAAUGGGGAGUAUGAGGAGAGCAGCAGGGAUGCCAGCAAGAAGUGGCUGGAGCAGAUAGCAGCCACUGGGGUUUUGCUCAACUACCAGUCCCUGCUGUCCCCCACAGUGAAAGAGGAGCACACAAUGCUGGAAGACAUCCAGGUGACCCUGUCAGAGCUGGACAAGGUUGCCUUUUAUUUCAAGCAGCUGGAUGAAAGCCUUGUAGCAAAUACUCACAUCUUCUACCACAUUGAAGGAAGUCGGCAGGCCUUGAAGGUUAUCUUGUAUCUUGACAGCUACUACUUCUCCAAACUGCCUUCCCGGUUUCAGAAUGGGGGAAGCUUGAAGCUACAUGCAGUGCUCUUUACAAGAGCUCUUGAAAGCCUGGAGAGCCAUUUACAACUAGGAGGCUUGUCUGUAGAAGAACUUCAGCAACAGGUUAAUGGCACCUCACUUGAAAAAGUGCAACAGUACUACCGUAAACUCAGGACAUUUUACCUUGAGAGAUCCAAUCUGCCCACUGAUUCCAAUACUACGGCAGUGAAAAUUGACCAGCUUAUUCGCCCCAUUAACGCAAUGGAUGAGCUUUGCAGACUGAUGAAGUCUUUUAUUAACACAAAACCCACCCAACCAGGAUAUUCCAGCAGUAACAUAUCAGGAGCUGGUCUGCUGCCUAUAUCCUCAGAGCUCUGCUAUCGGCUUGGAGCAUGUCAGAUUACCAUGUGUGGCACAGGAAUGCAGAGAAGUACAUUGAAUGUGUCCCUGGAACAAGCAGUCAUCCUGGCUAGAAGCCAUGGACUUUUACCCAAGUGCAUCAUGCAGGCUACAGACAUCAUGAGAAAGCAAGGACCACGGGUUGAAAUCUCUGCUAAAAACCUCAAAGUGAUGGAUCAGAUGCCGCCAUCAGCACCCAGGCUCUACAGGCUAUGCCAGCCACCUGUAGAUGGGGAUUUAUAAGAAUGAAAAGACACCCACAUUCUGGAGUCAUUAAAGUAUUCAGCAGAGUGCAACCCUGCCUGCAAAUCUAUGACAACUGACACUGGUGGCACUGACUCAAGAGACAGGGAAAUGGUGCUGGGUGUCUUGCCCUUUUGGUAAAGAGAGAUGAACGCCUGGACCCGUACACGAAGAAACUGCAUUUCUACUCCCGCAGGAUCCGGGCAGGGAUCCUGAUGGCUCCUGGGCUUGUUGGCGAAGUUCUCAAAUUAAAACCUCCUAGAGCUGAGUCAGAAGAACUCCCUUCUGCCAGAUGCCUAGCAAGUUGGCAAUUACAUGUCAAGGAACUGCAGCUUUACUAAUGACUUAGUUGUGCAGCUGGCUGAACGUCGUGAACUUCAAGUUACAGAUCAGUGGUAAAAACAAUCCAAGACAGAGAGCAUCUGUCCACACAAUAAUGCAUCUGGCAUCCAUUUAAUUGCCAGCAUAAUUUUGGUCAGUGGCCUUGAGUAACAGCAUCACAAAUACCACUUUUUAAUAUCCUGACCUGCACAUUUGAACAAUGAAUAGCACAAGUCUGGUUUAUUCAAAUGUGAACAUAAAAUAUUUCUUCUGGAGUCAUUUUCCAUUUUGUCCCAGUAAGAACCAAUCUCUCUAUGCUGCCGAGUAUACAUUCCAUAAUACUUCUUUAACAUUUACUUCCUUUAACUUACUGCAGCUUUCAGGUUUGGGCUUAACACUUUUUCUUACUAAUGAUCAAUGAUGUAUUCUGGAAAUACAGUAAUAUUUUACAGGCGACAUGGGAAAUGAAGGAUUUUAAAGGAAACAUUACAAAGGAAAAAAAUGCUGUCUUAUAAUCUGAUUAUUUGAACAGAUGUAGUUUUUAAAACCAGGUCAGAAAACUAUACUUAUUUAUGUGGAGUGGAAUAUGUUUUGGUACAUGUUAUUAUACAUACAAGAUUUAAAUAAAAAAUAUAUUGUUUAAAAUGGGACCAUUAUGCUGGCAAUUAUACAGCCCAUCCUAGUUUACUGGAAAAAAAAAAAAUCUACAUUAUUUAAAGUCUUUCAUUAUUUAAGUAGUCUUUAAUAUAGCUAAGAUGUUUUAGGAAAUCUUUUAAGUUAAAAGGAAAAAAAGGAAUUGUGUAUAUAAUGAACUUUAUUUUUUUCUAUUUCAAAAAUGGUCUCCAGUCUCUCAGUAUUAUCAUUUGUGCAGUAAUUUUCUCCAAAUUACUGGCUGAAACUAAUCGGAAAUGUCAGUGGGCUCAGGCCAGAAAUAAUGUUUUUUGGGUGUGAGUGCCUUAAUAUGAUUCACCAUUGCUAACCACUUUCCAUAGUGGAGAGACCUAACAUUCCUCUCUCUCACUAUAAAGCAACCCCAGUCUUAUAUAGAACAACUGAAUGUUGGGAAAGUCCAGAAGCCCUCUAAAGUGAGGUGUGUUCUAUGAAAAAGAAGGGUUUUUUAAUAGUAGUAGUAGUAGUAGUGGUAGUAGUAGUAGUAGUAUCUGUGGGGUUUUCCUUUUUCCGAGCAGGGCAUUAAUGGACUUACAUGUAUUCAAUUAACAAAUCCAAUCCAGCCCAAGUAUUAGGCCUCCCACUAGGCUAUGAAACUGUUUUUAAAUUUGAUUUCUACAAAUUAACCACAAAACAGUGAUCAUGAGAUGGGGAUAAAGGGUUGUUUUAAGCUGCCUGAGUUCUUAAAAUGGUUUUAUCAUUUGUGUUUCCAUCCCCCUUGCAUCAAAAUAAUUUUUUUGUGAGAGGAAGACCUUUUGUUUGUUUUCUUUACUUGUACCUAUUCCUUCUGAGCACACAAAUAGCAGAGGUUAGUGGAAGUCCCAAGUCCCAGACAGGGGUUCAUUAUUGUAGCAUCCAUUUUGCACUACAGUCAGAUCAGCAAGAAAAGUAUUUCAGAGGACUUGUUGUACUUCUUGGCAAUCUUGGACAAGCUAAUUUUGCCAUGCGAGGUGGAAAAAAGUGCUGGUUCUUUACAAAACUAGCUACUUAAAAGGAAAGGCUAAUAGACGCACUCGGUAAAUAGAAAAAAAGCAUGAGCUGGGAUCCUCAUAACAUAAAACAGCAUAACACUCUACUGACUUCAGUGAAGCUAUGCCAAUACGUACUGCCAGCUGAGGCACCUGACCCACAUUUUUUCAGUCCUACACAUUAAGGUGCAUAGAGGAUGAUCUGAGGGCAUUUGCACCAUGCACUGUUUUACAUAGAAAUGUAUAUGGUAUUCUCAUUGCAGACAUGAUAGAACUUUUAUUAUUAAAGUGUUGUUUAUAUUACAAGAGGAUAUGAUUUUAUUUUUCUAAGUCAUACCCUUUUAGUUCUUCAGCUGUUCAACAGAAUUUGGAGCUAGGAAGGGUCAAAAGUUGAAGUUGCAUUUGAGAUCUAAUCAAACUGGGUGGUGCUGAGCUCUUCCUGUUUGUGCAGUGCUACCUACAGAUGUGGUUUCAGUUCAGAGUUCUUACUGAGCCAGGACAGAUCUGUUGUUCUGAUGCUGUGUAAAUGCAGAGUUUGCAUGCGAUCCUGCACAAGUAAGCCCAGCUGAACAGACUACAAAAGAAGACAGCAGAGCAGGGCCACAGAAUCUCCAGGGGUAAAGUAGAGUUAGAUAGAGACUCAGGGCAUCCCUGCAAGUGGGGCAUAUCUACUAUAGCUGGCUGUGAGGGGAGUAGAGAAAAGCCCUGCCUCCAAGUUUUUGUCCUCUGAUUUGUAUACUGAGUGAAAGCACUGGCCAUCACCCUACCAUGCCCUCACUUCUCCAUGGUACACCACAGAAAAUUGCUCAUUGUAUGCAGAAGGGAAGUGAAGAUAGUUUGUCAGUCCCCAAUCUGCCCAGUGGACUUUCCCUGGUUUGGAACUUCUGUAGAUCAGGUCAGCUGUACACUACAGACUUCCGCCAUAGCUGUGUUGAUCGGUGCUGUUGGAGUUGUAUUAGCAAAGAUGUGUAUAGAUGUGAGCUAUAGCUAGUUUUGCUUAUGAGGAGAUGUUUUACUGUCCUGUUGCAAAACACAGUUUUACUGGUGUAGCUGUGUCCAUACCAUGAGCUGAUGUAGUACACUGGUAUUCUUCUAUCUCAAAGGCUAAAGUACAGUCAAAAAGCCUGAGGCUGAAUUUUAUCCAGAUUUUGUAUGUUAGUGUGAGUUGCAGAGAUUAAACUGAGAAACAACUGGACAGACAUUCACUUUUGAUUCAGGAAAUACAGCCACAUACCUGCAGUGUCUCAGGCCAGAAGCCAGAGGGUGCUAGAAGUUCCCUGGCAUGUAGUAUAGGCUGUGUGUCCACUUCCUCUUCCUGGGAAGCGAACACACAGGUCUCUGGGGUUUGCAAUUCAGACUCAGAGCAGCAGAACUCUGCAGGCUUGCUCAUCACUUCCUCUUCCUGCUUCCAGGUGCCUCUGGGAUUUAUAGUCCACAGUCACAGCCAUCAGUAAACUUUUAGUAGGGCAGGGCAGUGUAGCUCUGUACUCAGGGGAAGGGAAGUUUAACCCCCCUCCCAAGCCCCAAACCCCAGCUGGGGUUUGCCUGGGUGGGAGGGCAGUCCCUGCCUCCCCGUCCCUCUAACCCUUCUCUGCUGGAACAGACAGCACAGCCCCACCCACAGCUGCAGAGCAUGUUGGGAUGCUGGAGGACUAUGAUUUAAUUUGAACCAGGAAGGGGUCUGGGACAGAAGUUUCAUAAACCAAUUUGACCCAAAUCAGUUAAGUCUGUCCAGUUAAGUCUGGUUUACCUUAAGCCAGUUUCAGCCAUCUUGAAACCAGUUUAUGUGCCCUGAACUUCUGUUCUGUUACAGGUUUAAACCAGUUUCUGAUGACUUAAACCAGUGUAUGUGUAACUGCUGUCCCUAGCCCUAAUGUAGAGACACCUUCAGGAUCAAAUGCCUUCCCAUUCUCCUACGAAAAUGCAAGAAGGCCCCAGAGAGAAGGGCUAAGAGGAGAUAACCAGAGAUUCAGAAAUUUUGAAAAAACAAGUCACCAGUAACAUAUGUGUUCUGCUGGCAGAAAAUAUCUUUAUCAACACAUACUUAGAGCAGGUCUUACCAGAGGACUGGGAUCCCAAAGUCCCAAAUUCUAAGCCUGUUGACACUUUGGUAGGUUCCUUAACCUGCCUGUUUGAAUUCCUCAUCAAGAACAAGGAACUGUUCAUGUGCCUACCUCACAGGGCUGUUGUGAGGAUUAAUUAUGUCAUGUGUAAUGUGGUUGGAAGGUUUACAACACUAAAUGCUAACAAUCAGCAUUUCAAUGUAAAGAAAAUACCACUUGGAAGAUACCUGCUUUUAAGACAGUAAAUAGUCAUAAUGUCUGGUGUGAUAAAUCAUCUUUAAUGGUGUCUGAGGCAGCCAAUGAGCUCCUAGACACCUGACUAUUAUUCACUGGUAAAAUUAAAACUUCAGCUAAUCAGAACCAGCUUACUCACAAAAGCAAAGGAUGUUGAUUUAUAGAUAGGUGGUCUUGGUUUAGUCAAAAUACCUGGUACAGCUUAUCUCUAAAUUAGUAGCAGUUAAGUGUUCAAAUGAGAAGCUGUCACUCUGUUACUCAUCAAGGGAGAUCUACAGUAGUCAUUUAGCUUAACGGAAAUAAAUGCUCUGAAGGGCAGAGGGAAGGUUUCAGGGCCAGUGUUCGGAAAAGAUGGCCUUGACUCUGUCCAUUAUCCUGCAAUCUCAAGUUCUGUUCCAUUGAUACUGUCUAAUGCAAAACCAUGCUAAACAGGGCCAAGAGACUUGUCCCCUGCUUAGCAUUGUAUAUUAGCAAUUGGAUCAUCCUUACUGUAACAUCACUAGAACUCAUGCUAGUGCUACCUUCCUGUUUAAAAUAGAAAUGCAAACAGAAAGUGCUAGUGGCCUGACUACGAGCCUAGGACCAGAAUUCUAGAGAACUGAAUCUCAUUGACUCUUGCUCUCUAUAACCUUGAGCAAAUCAUUUAUCCUCCCCUACCCUGGUUCCUUACCUAUAAAAUAGGAAUGAGAGUACCAGUUUACAUCCUAAGGGAGUUUGGAGGAUUCAGUAGCUAAUGCUUGUGAACUGAUUUGAAGACUGACAGUGCCACAAGUGGCAUUAUUCUUGUUCUCUAACUCAUCUGAAAAAUGACCGUCUGCAUACAAAGGGGACAAGCAACAUACUGGGCAUGUCUACACUUGCAUUUAUUCUGGCUUAAGUGUAUUGUGCAGUUAGUUUCUCUGCAUGAUGCAGGUAUCAAAUUUACACUGAAGUCAGUGUAAGUUGCCAUAUUUACUGCACAGUACAGGCAUGCACACGUAGAUGCACACCCAUACUGUGCAGUAAUUUUGGUUCCUGCACAGUAAAUGUGCACGUGUAGAUGUGCCCACUGAAUCAUAAAAAAAAAAAAAUCCACUUUUAAUUCCCAUAAAUAUAGAACUGGCAGCAACAAGCUUGAGAAAGCCAACCAACGCACAUUUCCUAUCUGAAGCCUGAUUCUUCUUCCGUCUUAGUACGACACCAGUGUGAUGCUACUUAUUUCAGGGGCUUCCAGAUUCAUACCAGUGUAAGUGAGAGGGGAAUCAGGUCCUAUAUUAUAUGCUGGUUGUGUCCAAAAAGCUGAAGAAAAUCAACCCUUGUCUUCGUCAUUUGGAUGGAGCACUAAAGCACCUGGCUCUUCACCCUGCUUCUACGUUUACACUGAUAUGAUGCCACUAAAAUAAAAACUUGUUUCAGAGGAUGCUGUACUCUGCUCCCUUUUAAGCAGAGGAGGUAUGGGCUUUGUGUUCUGGCAGUGACCAGUACAGUCACUGGUUGAACCAAGUUUAAGAGUCCCUAGCAUGGAAGAUCAGCCAUUCAGUCUCAAGUAUGCUUGCUUACUCUCCUAUUGCUGCAUUUCAAGAUUAUUUUGCACCUAAGAACAGUUACCUUUUCAGAGGGGAUGCCGAAAUGAUACAAACUGUACUGUAUAUUUUUGCAUGCAACAAAACUUCUCAUGUUUUAGGGAAAAAAAGUCCAGAGAUGAUAUUUUUAUAGAAAAUUUUUAGAACUGGCAUUAUCAAACAUUUUGUAAAAAUUCUGUACAUAAUCCGUGAGGUUUUUUCCCUAAGUAACUCUGGGAUUCUUAUUAGUUGUAUCAAUAGUGCUACCUUUUCCUUGAUGUUUUGUAUUUUGAAUUGAGCAUGUGUCUCCUACCUUGGGAUGGCAAGUCUUAAUAUACCUUGAUCUUCAA